AUGCUUCCAAUAGAAAAAGAAAAUUCAAGAGUUGCUACAACUAAACCAUUAGAUGAACUUUUUACUAAUGUCGGUCAAAAGUUUGAGACAGAGACCGUAAAGCAUGAAGGCUAUCGUUUUGACUACCCAUUAAGAUGGCUAAGAGACCCAUCUGUCACAAAAGCUAUUGGCUUUCGUAGAAUGAAGUUCAUUUCAGAAGCCAUACAUGGUUUCCCAUUUACGGUCGGUUUUGAAGUUCGAUACUAUAACAAAGAAAAACGUAUGUAUGAGAAAUUUGAACAGGGAAAACUUUUACAAGUUAGUUUGCUUGUAAACUUAGAAACAACUCUUCAAGCUUUUCAAGAAAAAAUAAACGAUAUCUAUAUCGAAUAUGCAAAACAGUAUAACAUUGACGAAGGAGAGUACCAUCUCGAUAUUAUUUAUGACAGGAAAAAUGCAACUGUUAAAAUCAAUAGAAUAGAAGACCUUGGAGAAAACGUUUAUAUUUCUACAAAAUAUAACAACUUGGCAUGGUAUAGAUUUCUGAGGAUGUUAAAUCAGCCUGCAGCAUAUCCAGUACACCCAGACUUUUAUGAAGUCGAAAACCCUAAUGGAACAUAUGAAAAUGUUUUCGACCAAGAUGCUAUUAUUGUUCAUGCUUCAUUUUCUGGCGCCCAAAACUCUUUCUUAUGCUUG